GAAAAAGCGGCUUCCACUCGUGAGCGGCGGGCAUCCGCGACCGCCUGAGUUAUCAAAGCUCUUCUUUACAAUAGGCACGCUUCCAACUCGGUGUCUUCUCCAACCAGCCAAAAGCGCUACACACCGGCGUGCCGCCGCACGACGUAAAACGCCAGCCCGGCCCUUGGAGAGCGCACAGCCAGAGAGAGAUGGGCCUCGGCGCCAGCCGGGCCGACCACAAGAAGGACGACGGCUACGUCCCGCCGUCGGACCGCGCGCGCGCGCGCCAGGCGCCCGCGCCCAGCGCCGUGCUCACGGAUCCGGACGUCGCCGCGUUCGACCCGACGGCCGACAAGCACGACUACCUGCUCGUCUUCGCGACGGAGCGGUCGCGGUCGAGCGAGACGCUGAAGUGGAACGAGGUGCGGGAGACCUGGUUCCAGGCCAUCCCCGGCGACGAGGAGAAGAAGACGGCCGGCGUCGAACUCCUGAGGCGCGACUGGGUCCAAAGGUUCGGGGAGGAGGAGGAGUGCCCCAAGGGCGACGUGCUGGGGUUAUGUCGGGAGCACGUCGUGGACCUGCUGGCGCGGCGGAGCGGGCUGCAGCUCAAGCUGUCUUUGCCGAGCGACGGCGCGCGGCGCGUCUACUGCCAGCUGCGCGCGCCCGUGUCGCUUCUAGAGAGGAAGGCCGACGCGCUCGACUACAAGUUCAAGUUCAAGGACGAGAUCGACCCGGGGCCGGCGUUCUGGAGAAGGUCGUCGGGCACGGAUCGCGUUAGCGGAAGGCCCGUCUACGACGAGAUCAUCGAAGACGCGACGAUCCUGGACCGAGAAAAGGCCCAAGAGACGCUGCAGCAGCUGUACGCCCAGGGGCGCUGCGGGCCGGCCGACGUCGCGGUGUUCGCGGACGCGGAGCCCACGCCGCGACACUGGAGUCGGCGCGUGCACGCGCUCGAACGAAUUUCCGACCGUGUCCCGUGCCACAACGCCUAUGCGGCCUACGCGCCCUACGACGCGGCGCCGCGGGAACGGCACCUGUACGAGGAGUACCCGUCCGUGAGGGGCAGGACGCUCUUUCUGCCCAAAGACCGGUUGUACCUCACGAAGCGUAUCGUGGACGAGGUCUUCGACUUCGCGGUCCUGAAGGAGAGGGGCCUCGUGGAGACGUUCGUCGCGCUCCACGACGCGAACCACGGCGAGAUGCCGACGACCGACUGGCUCCAGAAGCGGUGGGUCUUCUUCUGGCGGGCCGAGGCGACGCGGGCCGGCGCGCCCCUGCUCAGUCAGACGUACAUGCUCAAGGGCAGGAGCUGCCCGUGCUACAUGCGGCCGUGGGCGCAGCCGCUCAUGGAGGUGAGGGCGUACUUCGGGGAAAAGGUCGCGCUCUAUUUCGCGUGGCUGGCGUUCUACGGGUAUUACCUGAUCUAUCCGGCGCUGUUCUGCGCGGCGGUCUACGCGUACGACAGCGCGAAAGACGUCGACGACGAGGAGGAGGGCGUGCACGUCGAGCAGUUUUUGGUCGCGGGCUUUCUGGUCGCGUGGAGCGCGUACUACAAGGAGUCCUGGGACAUCGAAUCGCAGUACUGUGCGGUGCGGUGGGGCACCUUACGGUUCGAGGCCGAGGAGGCCGACCGGCCGCAGUUCGAGGGCGACCCCGCGGAGCCCCGGCGCGUGUCGCCCAUCACGAACCAGUCCGAGACCUACUACCCCGAGUCGAAGCGCACGCGCACGAGAAUCGUUUCGCUCGCGUUCGUGACGCUGAGCAUCGCGGCCCUCGUGACGCUCAUCGCGGUGAUCUUCUGGUUGCAGUACUUCUUCACCUACAUUUUGGGCGGGACCUUCUGGGGCGGCGUCGGGUCGUGCAUGUCCGGCGUCCAGGCGCUGCUGAUCCAGGUCGCGUCGUCCAUCUACGGCAGCGUAGCCGUGGCCCGGAACGACGCCGAGAACUACCGGACCCAGACCGCCUACGAGAACAACCUCAUCAUCAAGAAGUUCGCCUUCGAGGUCUUCAACAACUACACGGCGCUGGUCAUCACGGCGUUCUUCAAGGGCACCUACUUCAAGUGCGACGGCGGGUUCUCGGGCGACGCCGGGAACUGCCUGGGCGACCUCGAGGAGUUGCUCGCGGUGAUCUUCAUCACGCGGUACGCGCUCGCGUUGAUCGGCGCGUUCUCGCGGCCGAUCAACGACCUGAUCGCGUACUGCACGCCGUCGUGUCUAGGAGCCGAGGAGGAGCUCCCGGGCGAAGACGACGACGACGUUGAAAAUGACCAGGAGGAGGGCCCGCCGGCGGAGGCGCCGCGCUUCGAGUCCGAACUGAAACUCGAGGAGUACGAGGGCAUGUUCGACGACUACGCGGAGAUCGCGCGCCCGCGGCGUCCCGUCGUGCGGAGGCGCCUUCCCGUCAUCGGCAUGCGUCGUCUCCGGGAACGAUGGGCGUGGGUGGUCGCUUCUUCGAUGUUGAGCUCCGCGCAGGUGCUGCAGAUGGGCCUCGUGAGCAUGUUCACGCUGGGGCUGUAUUUGACGCCCUUGCUGGGCGCGGGGGAAGUCUUGUUGCAAAUAAGGGUCGACGCCUACAAAUUAACCGCUUUGAGCCAGAGGCCGGACCCGACGCCCGCGGAAUCGGUGGGUUCCUGGGGCGUGCUCAUGGAGUCCAUGGGGUUGUUGGCGGUCUAUUGUAACGCGGGCAUCAUCGUGGCCACGACGAAGUCGUUCCACGCGUAUAGCUCGCUGCAACGGGUCAUCAUCUUCUUCGUGGUGGAGCAGUGCCUGCUGGCGCUGAAGCUCGCGGUGCACGCGUACAUAGACGACGAACCGACGCCCCUGGCCGAACUGAAGAAGCGCAACGCCCACGUGGUCGCGAGGCACAAGAACGCGGUGUUCGACGACGACCUGGACGUGGGCGGAGACGCGAUCGCGGUCGACGCGGACGCUCUGAGCGUCGCCGCGCUACGCGCUAAACGAGUAGCGCGGCCCGAAGCGAAGCGGCUCGAGUACUUGAGAAGGAAGUUGCUGGGAUGCGACAAGGAUCUAAGGGACCUACGGCAGCAGUACCGGGACGCGACGGCGCAAGAAGUCUACAACGAGACGGAGGGCGUUUCGUACUCGCGGGAGCACCCGGACCUGGCCCUGGGCAUGGUGUCCCUGCAGGUGCAGGACGUGGUGGGUUUAGGUUCUGCGGGCGACCCCGUCGACGCGGCGUCGACGCGAUUGGUAAUUCAUGUCCGCGGCACGGAGCCCGGACGGGCGGCGGGGCCCGCGCCCCAGGUCUCGCGGCCCGCGCGCCAGCCGCGCGCCGAGGAGGGCGGCGCGGACGAUUUGAACGUCGGCGCGCGUUUAGUGUUCGACCAGCAUUUUAGCGUCGCGCCCGUGCGCACGACGCGGGCGGAGCUGCGGAUAGAAGUGGUGGACGACGCCAAGAAGCUGCGAAGGGGCUUCGCGGCGCUGCCGCUGCCCGCGUUAGGUGAUCAGAAGCAGCAAGCCUUAGAUCUGGAAUUGGCGCGGCCGGGCGGCCAGGGCGGGCGGCCGGCCUUUUUGCGGGCGACGGCGCAGUUCCAGUAUUCAAAGGUCGUGCCCAUCAAGGCGGAGAUCACGGCCAAGCUCGAGGAGCAGCGCCGGCUGCACCGCGACGUCACGAACUUGCAGAUCGGGAGGGACGUCGAGUACGAGGACGACUGGGACUUCCCCGACCGCCAGGGCACGGAGGACGCCAAGGAGGCCGACGACGACGACGGGGGCGGCGCGGGGGCGUAAAUUUUCUGAGUUACUGGAAACCGGAAAGGUCUUCACUUUCGCUUCCUAGAUGUCUCGCGGCACGGCGUUCGCGACAGGCAGAAACGGCAGAGGCAGGCAGAGGCAGAUUUGCUGAGGCAUUAACUCUGGCAUUUAGCUCCGCCCGAAAAAACAGACAGAGGAGGAAUUCGCGCGUCCGCGGCGUCCACACGGGUCCACACAAAGCCCCCAAGCAAAGUCCCGCCGCCGCGGCGCCGCGGCGUCCGCCGCGAGCCCCUGAAGCUUUGGCGCCAGCCUACCCCAGCGCCCGCGCAGGCCCUUAAGAACGCUAAGACCAUGUCCGCGGCGACCUGGGACGACCUCGGCCCCGAGGCCCGCGUCCUGCGCGACGUCAUGCGCUCCAGGGCCUUCGGCGCCGUCUCGGGCGAGGCCGGCCUACAGGAAACGCAGGGCACGUGCCACGUGGCGGACGCCGCGGCGCGGCGCCUCGCGGCCCGGCGCGAGGCGGCGGCGCCCGCCGCGGCCGCGGCCCCCGCGCGCGGCGACGACGUCCGGCCCGGUUCGCCGACCGUCGACGCCGAGCUCAACUGGCGCCACCUCACGCGC